AAACAAAUCAUGUGGGACAAAAUGAGUUCUAGGAAUAAGGGAUAUCAGGGGACAAGUUGUUGAAGAUAGCAAGAGCCUGCACCAGGGCAAUUUUGUGGCACAGCCCCUGGCAGGUAUUUGUGGCUGCUCCAAGAGACUGCAGUGCCAAGAAAACACACUUGCCUGUCAAAUGGUGGAAGUUGACACAAGAGGUCAAAGUCAAGCUGAGCUGAAUUCUGGGGAAACAGAAGAGUCAUCUUCCAGAAAGGAAUUCUCAUGGAGCUGACUAGUCAUUGACUGCUCAUUUCAGAAGUCUGCACUCUCUGACCUCCAAGGCCCCUCAAGCUAAAGGACACUUCUGUCUGUGAAGGUGAGCACCACAGAUGCUUUGCACAUGAGCCCUGAAGGGAGCCUCUGAUACAUUGCCUGUAGCAAGAAACAGGAGCCAACAUGAAGGAAAACAUGCCAUCUGCCCUUGCUUUCAUCCUACUUUUUCUCAACAUCGGUCUUCUGAAUGGACAAUCACCACCUGGAAAACCUGAGAUCCACAAAUGCCGUUCUCCUGACAAGGAAACGUUCACCUGCUGGUGGAAUCCCGGGACAGAUGGAGGACUUCCUACCAAUUACUCACUGACUUACAGCAAAGAAGGAGAGAAAGACACCCAUGAAUGUCCAGACUACAAAACCAGUGGCCCCAACUCCUGUUUCUUUAGCAAGCAGUACACUUCCAUAUGGAAAAUAUACACCAUCACAGUAAAUGCCACUAACGAAAUGGGAAGCAGUGCAUCGGAUCCACUUUAUGUGGAUGUGACUUACAUAGUUGAGCCAGAGCCUCCUCGGAACCUGACUUUAGAAGUGAGACAGCUAAAAGACAAAAAACCGUACCUAUGGGUAAAAUGGUCCCCACCCACCAUAACUGAUGUGAAAACUGGUUGGUUUACGAUGGAAUACGAAAUUCGAUUAAAGUCUGAAGAAGCAGAUGAGUGGGAGACCCAUUUUACGGGGCAGCAAACACAUUUUAAGGUUUUUGACUUAUAUCCAGGACAAAAAUACUUUGUCCAGACUCGCUGCAAGCCAGACCAUGGAUACUGGAGUAGAUGGGGCCAAGAGAAUUCCAUUGAAAUACCCAAUGAUUUCACCUUGAAAGAUACAACCGUAUGGAUCAUUGUGGCCAUUCUCUCUGCUGUCAUCUGUUUGAUUAUGGUCUGGGCAGUAGCUUUGAAGGGCUAUAGCAUGAUGACCUGCAUCUUUCCACCAGUUCCCGGGCCAAAAAUAAAAGGAUUUGAUACUCAUCUGCUGGAGAAGGGCAAGUCUGAAGAACUCCUGAGUGCCUUAGGAUGCCAAGACUUCCCCCCCACUUCUGACUCUGAGGACUUGCUGGUGGAGUUUUUAGAAGUGAAUGACAGUGAGGACGUGCAGCUAAUGCCAUCCCAUUCCAAAGAGUACCCAGGUCAAGGUGUGAAACCCACACACCUAGAUCCUGACAAUGACUCGGGCCAUGGAAGCUAUGACAGCCAUUCUCUUUUGUCUGAAAAGUAUGAGGAGCCCCAGGCCUACCCCCCUGCUUUCCACAUUCCUGAGAUCAUUGAGAAGCCAGAGAAUCAUGAAGCAAAUGCUCCUCCCACCCAGGACCCCCAAAGCAGCGUCCCCUAUUUUCAUGCAGAGGUGUCCAAAUCUUCAACAUGGCCUUUACUGCCUGGCCAACACAUGACCAGAUCUCCUUAUCACAGCAUUGUGGAUGUGUGCAAGCUAGCUGGAGGUCCUGUAGAUACACUUGCCUCUUUCCUAGACAAAGCAGGAAAAAAUCUUCUAAAAUUUUCUAAAACCCUCAAGACUGGAGAGGAAAAAGAGGUGGCUGAGCAAGAGGAGAUGAAAAGCUUCCAUUCUGAGACUAAACAGAACACAUCAUGGCCCCUGCUCCAGGAGAAAGCUCCCAUUGUCUAUGCUAAACCCCCAGAUUAUGUGGAGAUUCACAAAGUCAACAAAGAUGGAGUACUAUCCUUGUUCCCCAAACAGAAAGAAAACAACCAGGCGGAGAAGCCCGGGGUUCCUGAAGCCAGUAAGGAGUAUGCCAAGGUGUCUGGGGUUGUGGAUGACAACCUCUUGGUGUUAGUGCCAGAUUCACGAGCUCAGAACACAGUUUUGUUUGGGGAACCAGCCAAGAAGGCUCUACCAUCACUUGAACAGAAUCAACCUGAGAAAGAUCUGGCCAGCUUUGCUGCAACCUCAAGCAACUGCAGACUCCAACUGGGCAGGCUGGAUUAUCUGGAUCCUACAUGCUUCAUGCACUCCUUUCACUGAUAGCUAGACUUAUGGAACGAUCGGCUAAAAUGUGAUUUUCUUUCUUCAGGUAACACUACAGAGUCAUGGAAUAAUAUGGUCUGCUAGCGAAUGUUACAGGAUGUGGGUAAAAUAACACUACUUCACUCCUUUUCAUGUCGUGUUCAGCACUUGCCUCUUUUCAACAGCUGAUGUCCAGAACAAAUCGAUCUUGUUUCCUGUGAUUUGUAGACUUUCUCUUUGCUAUUACUCUCUAUAUAUGUGUGUAUAUAUGCAUAUAUAUAUAUACAUAUAUAUAUAUAUUAUAUGUGUUCAAUGAAAUAAAAGCACAUUGCUUACCAUUCUUGAGGGAUGGUGCCAGCAGGUAUAGCCACUGCAAUAGAUUUGGCAUGUGAUAGAAGAUAUGAAACACUCAAAAGGACUUAGCAGAAGAAGAUGACAGAUAUGCUGAAAAUGCCAUGAAAACUGCUUUUAAAACUGAUUGCUAAGCCUUUACACUCCUCUUUCAUUCUAUUAGGAUGGUCCAAGCAUAGCACUUUUUUGAAGGAAUACAUUCCGGGACACCAGCCAAAUUGUUUACAACAGUCCCUAUACCUUACUGAUCCUUUGCCUGUAUGCAAAUGAAAUCAUGCCCCAAUUUUUUCUUAAAGUAGUUUGAGUAUGUUAAGCAUGGGUUAUUCUGCCUAAGCUUUAUUUCUUUCUAAGGCCCCUAGAGUGUAUAGUUUGGCAGGAUAAAUUUUUCUUACAAAAUAAGAUCAAUGAAUUCCACGUGGUGAACCAUUUUCAAAUGUGUUCCUUGCUUCAUUUCAGCAAGACAGAUGAUUUGUUAUAGACCCUAGUAUUUUCUUAUUGGGAAAAAAAAUUCCCAAAGACUAAUUUUAAUCUAAACGGUAAUCAUUGCAGGAUGCUAAUAGAAGUGUUGCCUUACUGUAUAUACAAUUCUGAUUUAAUACAAACCCGUAAGUUUAGCACUGUAUUUUUGAAGACUAUUUUUCUAUUGCUUAGGUAAAGUAAAGACUAUUUUCUAACUUCCCAGUACUGCUGUUUACGUCUUCAAAUGGGGACAGUAAUUUCUGCUGCAAGGUUAUAAUGAGUAUUCAAAGUACAUAGUAUAUGUAGUAUAUAUGUGCAUAUAUAGUAUAUGCAGAACCUGUAAGAGUGAAGUGCCAGGCCAACCCAUUGCCCACUGAGGAAUGUGAAGCAGACGAAAAAUUCAAUUAAGUAGAAUAGAGUAUAGUCUAUCUGAUUAUUUUUUCUUCCAGAUACUUUAAAUAUCUGGAAUAUAGCCAGCCAUCAUUGACUUAAGGUUUUAGGACUCUCUAGACCUAAAAUAUUUCUCCCAUGAACUUAGGGCUCUGCUCACCUAUGGGUGUAUCUUAUGAACCAUCAUGAAAGUGGAGAGUAGUGACUGCUAGCAGAGUUUCCAAAACAGAAAAUUGGCUUUGUGUUAUUUAAUUUUUUUCUGAGCAAUCCCGAACACAAAAGAAUUUUAAGCAAAACUAAAAGUCAGUGUCUCUUUGGAAUAAAUGUAUUUGCAAACUCUUGGCAGAAGCUGUGCUCACAUCAAGAAUAUCCAGAUAAAAGUUCUAGGAAAGCAAGCAACUGUCCAGUGAUGAGAACAGCUUCAAAGAUAAGGGGAUGGGAGAAUCUGUAAGACAGCUUCAAGGGUAGGCUUCCUGAGGAGGCUCAAAGCCUUGUGUCCCCAUAUUAAUAGGAGUAUCCAUGACUCAUGUUCUGCACUCUGCUUCCCUCUGCUCUUCAUAUCACCUAUAGGCAAAUCAGUUGUCUGUCCAUUCAUUAACUGGAUAUAGAGACUCUGAACUCACCUCUUGUGAGUUAAAUAUGUCACCCAACAAGCACAUGUUGGUAGAUGCUGGAUUCAGAGAUUCCUUGAAGACCAAAAGUAGACAUAGAGCCAACAUUUUCAGAACUGCAAGUGCAAACACCUGAAGCAUAUUUCCCAGUACAUAAACAUCUUGUGAACAACAGAAGCAUUUGGGAAAGUUGUCCAGGAUCAUUCAAUGCCCUGGAUCCUCCAUACUAAAUGCCUGAGGACCAACUGCAUUGCAUCACAUGGGUGCUACUUGGAAAUUCUGUUUGCAGCAUCUCAAGCCUCAUCGAAGACAUACAGAAUUGGAGUCCGCAUUUUACUAAAUGCCCAGAUAACUCACAUGUACACUCAAGCUGGAGAAGCAUUGUUUUCUAUGACCAUUUCCACAAAAGGUUAUUUUUUCCCUCUCUUGGAAAGUAUGGAGCAAGUCUAUUAAACUUGAAAUAAGCAACACUGUAUGUAAAGAAAAAGCAAAAACAAAACUAUUAGUGAUUUAAGAUUCACAUAAUGAUGAAGUUUAUAUGAAGUCACAUGAGAGAAUGACAUGCAAAAUACACACAUCUUCCAAGAGAGCCAAUGAAUCUCGUUUACCUUGAAAACUACUGACAAAAUAAAUAUCAAAGCCAGUGUAAACUAAACCUUUCCCACAUAUUCUAUUCUUCUCCAGGAGAUAAAUAUAUGCAUUUAUUUACAAAUCAUGACCACUAUAGAAUUGAUAGUACAUAUAGUACUCAUAGUUUGAAACUUAAAAAUCUGCAUCUGAUAUAUAGUUUCACAGAUGUGAAAAAUAUGGCUGUCUAAAGGCAAGGUACAUCCCACAAAAAUCAGUUAACAUUCAUGAAAUUAAAAAAUAAAAUAAAAUAAAAUCCAUAGUUCAAUUUGUUUAUUAGAAUUCUUAUGGUCAAAUAUUUUCUGUUGAAAGACAGCUGUUUGAGUGAAAGAAUGAAUAUUAGGAGUCAAGAUAUCUGGGUUCUAGUCCUGCUUUGCCUUGGAAAGGCCAAUUACCUACUUUGGAUUUCAGUUUUCUCUGACUAUGUUGGAUGGAUAAUCUGAAAGCCCUAUUGAAAUUUGGUAUCCUUGAUUCUAUGACUCACUGAGUAACUUGAACCAAUUCCUGACAUCUUAAGUUGCCAAACAGUUGUAGAAAUGCAGAGUCACCUUCACCAAUGUACUCAUCUCUACUUCACUUCUUAAAGGCUCAACAUACCAUUAGUCUGCACAUAUGAAGACAAACAGGAUGUUGAGACUUUAAUUCAGACUCUAAGAUCAUGGGCAAAUAUGUGUGCAGAGAUAGGACGUACAGCUAAGAAAGACACAGGAAAUGAGACACUGGUCUUUAGAAAAACUUUCUUUGAUGCAUCAAGCCAUGCUUAUUCCUGUGUGGAGCCAACAGCCUCAAGUCUCUCUUCUUAUAUUUGGUUGUUGACUGUUUUCCUAUCAUCAUAGUUCACGAAUAACCAUUGCAUAUGUAAAUUAAAGAACCUUUUGCUCUGAAUCACAAAAAUGUAUACUUUGUAAGCAACUAAGAAUUCAGGUUCUGAAGUACAUGGAAACUGAAUAUAUCUGGUGGAUGGAUGAAACUUUAGGGCACAAAUGGCAAAGCAUUCUCUGAUAGGUUUAACAGAUGCAUAGAAGAAACUUUAAUAUGAGCACAACUUACCAUCAGCUCUGUCACUGACUUUUAAUAGAUGAUACAUUCUCCUAAGUGCCUGAGACCAAUUCUGGUAAUUAGUUAUAGGCUAAUGAUUCACUGUAAACUAGUUUGGUGAGAAGCAGCCAAGCUUCUGUUGCAUGUGUAAAAUCAAAGCUGGGAGGAGACUCUUUACUUGGCAUAAUCUGAGAGAACUGGUGAAUCUUCAGUUAAUGAACAAGCAAAGGACCUGAGCUCCAGGGUAAAGAUUGUCCAAACAGAAACCUAGCUCCUUUUCUUUUUAAUUUUUUUUUUAUUCAGCUUCCUUCUGCUGUCCAUAAUUUGAAGAAGAAAAAAAAAAAAAAAAAAAAAAAGCUCGGCUUGCCGUUAGGAACUUCAGUCUAGUAUAGACAAGAAAGAAACAGAUGUAUACAUUUAACAAAGUGCCUUUCCUUACUUUUAAAAAAAAAGGGUUCAGUUUGGAAGAAAAGUGCAUUGAUUGGAAAGUAAAUUUUACCUUAAAUGGAAUUCUUUUUAAAAAAUGGAGAUAUGAACAAAAAAGAAGCCCGAAAGGGGAUGACAAAAUGAACUAAAGACUAACCAGCAAAAUAUGCAGAGAUUUUUGUGUAUAGUUUAAUUGAAUCCUCACAGAACUGAAAUGAAUAGCAUCAAUUUCUUUGCCUGAGUCUGAGUGUGACUGGAGAUAAACCCGCCAGCCCAUGACUCAAGACUUUCCAUUCUGAAACAAAAUGCUGAUGCAUUCUUGAGUGACAUUGAAUUGUAUGCCAGGCCCUGAAGAGGACAAUAUGUACACUUUGAAGGUCUGCGCACAGAUGAAAAAGUAGUAAUGACCUUGAAUUCUAUCCCCCUGCCCCCACUCCCGACUUGCUAUGGAUGACAACCUCAUGUAUACUUCAUUGAACAAGAUUUCUUUUCUGACUCUUUGGCUCAAGCACAAUAUUGAUGCUCCUAGGAGAGUCACUGAGCCCUCCAUGUCCAGUUCUAGAUCACAUCACUGUUACUAAAUAGGCUGUAUGAUCCUGGUCAUCUCUUUUAAUUCAGGCCAUGGGUUUCCUCUCUUUAAAUAAGUAGAUUUGUGCCCUCAAAAAAUGUUUCUAAGACUUCUUAUAGGUCUGUCUUUGAAUUAAUUCUCAUGAGUUAAAUAAAAUCUAAGACUGCAGGUGAAAAGCCCAGACUCCACUGCUGACAUGCCAUUGACCUAGGCAGUAAAUGUCUGAGACUGUGUAUACUUAACAGAAAACUGAGAUCCACUUUUCCAAGUUAGGUAGACCAGAACCCUUGUGUCUCUGCUUCCUUCCAGUUCUGUAUACUGAGAGCUUUUUCAGCCCCUCUUCCCAGGACCUGUUGUUCUCCCUAAAGAUUAAUUAUGUGGAGUAGUAAACUUGAGUUCUACAGGAACAAAAUUACCUACAAACAAUGAUUUUGGCUCUGUAUAAGAUGGACCAAUUUGUUGAAUCUCCUCACAGACACAAACCCAAAUUGAGGUCAUAAGUAAGACUCCAUUUAGAUAUGUACUUGCUUAAAGAUUCAAGCUGGUAACUCAUUAUCUAACAAAUCUAAGCUAUCUUGAUCAAUAGUUAUUGACCGUCUUAAGGAGAAACUUUAAAAUAUUGACUAUUUGCUUCAGAGUUUAUGAUCUAAUGAGAAAAUCUACUUAUAAUCUUCUUAUAAUUACAAUCCUUUCCUAUGGUUAAUGGUCAUGUCAUCCAUGAAUCACAUGGGAAUCUUCUCCUCAGUCUUUUAUUUUCCUAAAAGGUAACUUUGGGUUUGAGCUCUGCAUGGUAUCAGUUUCCAAUGGUGGGAAAGGGUAGAAAAUGAGAUGUUCCAAAGUAUGAGAUGUAUCAGAACCCCAUAAAAUGGAGAGUAUUCAUUAAAUCAAGUCUAACUGAAAAUGGUAAAUCUACAUGCAGUUAUGAGUUAAUUGCUAAGAAGCAUAUGUAACUCAUGAGCUAACAGCUGUUCUGUUCAAACCAAUUCCAUUCAUUUCAAAUUAGAAAGCCUUGAGACACUCAGAGCAGAAGACAUCCAUCUGUAUGGUCUAGUCAAUGAGUAAAGGGGCUCACAGAUCAUUUUGGUAUAUUCAUUAAUAUUUACCUACUUGCCAUUUAAACAGAGAAGAAAAAAAUUCUAAAAGCCUUUGUGAGUGAAGCAGUACUAUCAAACACAAACUUUAAAAGUUAUGGUCAAAUUAUGACCCCUGGAAACCUUCAAAAUACAGGCUUAGUUUGUCUGUACACAUUUUGAAAAUUGGGGAGACAGUCUUUUUACCACAUUAUCUAAAAUGGAAAAAAAAACUAUAUGGGAAAAAUACUUCUGAAAAUAGUUCCUGAGAAAAAUAUUUUGAAUUUUUAAAACUACCUCCCUUCCACAUCCUAAUGACCUUCCUUCAAAGCUGCUUAUAGUUAGAAAUGAAAAAUACCACAUUUAUGUUUGGACUGGUGUUGAUGGAAUAUUUGAUAUAUUUCUCAUGUGACACUCCUAACUCUAAAGUAUCUGUUAUUUUACUCUAUAUUGCUUUUUGUGGUUCAAAACUGGUAUAUGCCAUAUUGAACUAUAUAAUCCUCAUGUUGUAAAUUUAUCAUGUAAUACAAAUGAAAAUCAUUAUUUAAUGACUUAUGAUCUAAUCAUAUCUAAUUUCAAUAUAGUUAUGUCUAUGUCUGUAAAGCAAAAUUAAAAAUAUGUAAUCAUAUAUGUAAUCAUGUAUUUCUGUUGAAACUGUGAAUGUACUGAUUUUUUCCUUAAUCUUUGUCUACAAGAUAUUGUAUGUCAUUGUAUAGCUGACCUGGGGUUUUAAUGUAUGUAAAGUACAAUCCACCAAUUAUUGAAAUGUCAACCCUUUGGCUUUGCUUCAUGUGAUCGCUGAAUGUUCUUCGCACCUUGAGACUUGCUUCUAUGCUCUAUCAUUAAUUAAUUGUAAACAAUGUAAGAGUCUCUUGUAUAAACCAAAGCAAUGCAGCCCAUUGAGUGAUCAUGUCCUGUGUAAAGCCAUAUUGAAGCAAAGACUCCGCUAUAGCAUAAGGCUCCCUAUUUCCAAAGCUGCCACUACCUCUCUCCUGCUCUUUCCCUAUAAAAUGCCAAGCAAAAUUCAACCUUUAAGUGGGAAAUUAGAAGUGAUUGCUAAUGUUGUCAUUUUUAACCUGAUAACAAACCUUCUAACUCACUACUUUGCAGAUGCUAGGUUUUAUAGAUAACCAUUUCUACAUUUUGAUAUUUUGUAGACAUUGGCUGAUGAGUAAAGUGCAGAAAGACUAUACUGUAAGUCAUCAGGUUUUUUUUAAAAAAAAAUCAUAGAUUUCAGGUAUUUUCCCCAUCAGUGAGUCACCUCAAGGUGGUUGGCUAAAGCCAUUAGAACUUAAGUUAUUAUAUUUGAAAUACCCAACUCAGUGCCUGGCUCAUACGAUUAUUUCCUUUGCCUCCCCUAGUUCUCCUUGUUUGUUGUUGUUGUUGUUUGAAAUGCAAAUGAACAGAAUUACAUGGAUGUAGAUAAAGUGAUUUUCUUGAAGAAUUUUUGCUGCUAGAAGAUCUGUAAUCAUGAAUUUAUAAUUUAAUUUCCCCAAACUCCCAAAAAAUAAAUACCCUCUUGAUUUGAUUUUAGCCAUCAAAUAUAUUAUGGCGUGGGAAGAGUCAGCCAUUUAUCAGAAAUAAUCUUGUUUUGAUCUUAGAGACUCAUUUCUAUGUAUCCCUAUUGUGAUGUCUACUUUUUUUUCUUUUAGUAUUAAAGGAUUAUACAAUGCUAAGUUCAUAUGAUUUGUCCUCUUACAUUUUUCACUCUGUGAAUCUUGGGUUAUUGCACAUUAAGCUUCCUGAUUUUCACGGACUGAUCCAUUUGUCUCCAUCCACUUUGUAGGGAGAACGUGGACAGUUAAAUCUUGUCAAUAAUAUGAAAAUCAUGCCAAUUUCUCACAUCACUUUUACUGCAUGCCGAAAAUAAUGCUUGCCAAACAGAAUCUUAGAGAUCCCAGAAUAAUAUGGUCAUUAUAUUUCUAUUUGUGUCAUUAUUGAAAAUACCCAGCCCAGUGCCUGGCUCAAUAAAUAUUUGUUUCCCUUGCUUGUC